AUGGGCCAUCAUCAGAGUCGACACAGCGACAAUGGCUCGGUCCGCAGCAAGAACGAGGACUUUGGUGAGUAACAUCUUUUAGAUUGACUUCGAAACCAUUUUGCAGGGCUUGGAUGGGCAUUAUGUUACUUUAUUUAAGACAAUAUAAAAUUUUCCUUUCUUUUUUACAGCUAUGUUAGUAAAUUAAUGCGCCAAAAAAGUUUUUUAUGAACAUCAACUUGUCUCUGUAGGACUAAAACAUCAUGUUUUGAUGCUAAACCUCAUGUUUCUAAUACCGCAUUUUGUUAUAACAUGAAAAAUAACAUGCCUAAUCUUUUACUUCUGGAUGCUAAGCGAGCUCGUUAUAAGACGACCAGCAUAAGCCUUAACAACUUAAUAUGAACGACAGAUGGGCGAUAGGGGUCUGGGAAAGCAUGAGCUGAGUCAUUCUUUAAUUAUAUUCGAAACGUAAUCCCUGACGUUCCAAACGAAUGUGUAGCUUAUCUGGGUGAGCAUUUGGGCGCGCUGAUUUAUUACGCCAUGCCAAAAAGCGACAUCUCUCGAAACGCGACAUCUUUUUAAGGCCAAAGCUUUGAACAAAACGCGUUAGGAAUGGACACGAGCCGAGCAAAGACGGGGCAACAGGCCACUAACAAUAACUCUUUGGCUUAAGGCGUUUGAGUGGACAUGGCCUUGUACUUUUUUUGCGCACUUCGGCUCAAAGUUUGGCACUUUGAACGUCCUGAUCGGGAUGAUUGACGAGCUGUCCCACCCACCUAUUACCUCUUUAUCUGUCUAUUCGCUUGGGAUUCUAUUUUAGCAGAGUUAGCUUAGCCUAGGCUUAUAUUUUGAACUAUAAACUACCCUUUACAUAGCUUUUUAUCUUGUUUUAGCUUCUAUAUCACCCUUUUUGACACCUUUUCCCCACAAAAUUCCCAUCAAUUUUUUAAUUCGAAAGUGUACUUUCUUCCAAGGCCUAGAGACUACUUUUUCAUUUCCAAAAAACCGAAAAAUACUUUCCCAAACCCAGAAGACCAUUUUUUAUUUUCCCGAAAGGAGCCGCCUUUCAACCCUCAGGGUUUCCUCAUUUACUCCCUUCGAUGAUUCGGUAAUUUUAUAUUGGACAUGGCUCGUAUCCUUUUGCGGUUUCAAAUCCUCAAAGCCUUCUGGAAACACACUUCAAGACUUUUCAACCAUUUCUCGUGGCCUUUCUUUCGUGGCCAAUCUUGCAAUUUCAGUGUAUUACGUUUGAAAUAGUGCGAAUAGCCAGAGUUUAGUCUUUUGAAGCUGUAGCCAAGAUGUGAGGGGUGGUAUGGGAAUGUAACUGGACAUGUUUGUUGUGAUACGAAGGAAAACAAUUUUUGCGUUAGAAAGCGUCGUAUACACAUGUUCUCCCUUUUGAAAACUUAAAUCAACAAUAUUUUGCACUUUGUUUGUGAAAAAAGUCUGUCGUUUAAUAAAUCAGCCGGCUCGAAAACAAUUUAACUAAACCAAUUUGUUUUUGUCAUGGUCAACACUUUCCCUUCGGGCAUAAAAGUAUUGUUCAUGGUUGUUUACCCACACAGAGGUCAACAAAACGUCCGACUCUCGACUUUUAUCGAACAGCUGUCAAUCGUAUGCAAAUUUAGUGUAAAAGGGUCUCUAAAGACGACAGUUUGAGCAUUAUGUUGUGUCAAAUAACAUUUUUGAAGCGUUAUGUUGAGUUAACCAUUAUAAUUUAAAAUGAUAAUUUAAGUUUGUUUAAGAAAGAUCACUGAUCUUAAGUUAAGUAGGCCAACUCCCAGAUAACAAACUUUUUAAAAAAAAAGUUGAAAAUCCAAACAGUUCAAAUUAGUUACUGUCAAGUACCCGGAGGUGUUUGGCGGGGCGUGACAGUCGGGCGAAAAAAACGUGAAAUAGUUUUUGCGAACGGGCUCCGGAGAGCGGGAUUAGUUGAGAUGUGUUAGACCACCACUUAUUGCAUGAUUCGAGUGCUAUUUCCCCUCAAACCCGAUUAUUAUUCUUCCUGUGAAUGCAAUGUUUCCAGGCGUCGAUAACACCGCCUUUAAUGGCGUAACGCCGUCUUCUGGUCAGUUUGGCUCUUCCCUGGGUCUCUACAACGGCUCCACUCGCACCGAGUCUCCCGGCCCCAGCUACGCCAGCCAGAAGCACCUACACCGUCACCACCCCUUCUGCCUGAAGCAUCAGCGACGGAGUGCCAGUCCCGCUACGACCAGCCUGAAGGGGUUCCAGCUAGGACAACAACAACGGAACCACUCCCUCAGGGCGGAUCAGUCCCCCUCCAUAUCGUCUUUCAAUCAGAUUGAUAUCGAUAUGGAUAAGAGGCCGGCCUCGUCGGUCGAGACCUUCCUCGGGAACGGUCAUUCGCUCCCCAGCGUGCCGAGAGACGCAUCCCGAUGGUCUUCCAGGUAUGUUUACUUUCAAUAUUUGUUUUUACUGUUGCUUGCGCCUUCAAUUCAUUUUAAAAAACUUGGGUAAUUACUUUCAUAUUUUUGUCAACCCUGCCCACCACACCCAUUCCCUUUCAUACAAGCCAUUGAAAGGCGUAUUGAAUGCUUAAUGACCACGGCUACCGCCUGCAGAUAGUUUAUUCUGAAAGAACCGCCGUUUUUGCUCCUCCAGCGGUGUCAUUAUUUAUCGAAAUUGAAAAGAUCUUUUGUCUUGGCAAGGUGCUAAUGCCCGCAGGCGUUGUUUUGAGACAAUUUUGAUUUAUCCACUUUUCGAGCCGAAAUGACACUUGCCCAUGCAUGAGCGUCAACUUUAUUUAUAUUAAGCACCGGCAGGAAAUGAAACCGGAGAUGGCCGAGGGGUCAUAAAGUGCUAGUCCGAGCCAUCAAAACAAACGUUUUUGAGAGUAAUUUCAGUAAAGUUUGCAACUUUAAACUUUUCGGACUUUUUUUAUUUUUAAUAUGACCCUUUGUCGCUAAAUACCGUUAAUUAGCAAAAUAGAUAAGUUUAAAAUAACUUUAAGUAAAAAAUACAAUUGAAAUUUAAAAUAGCGUUAAAAAUGAAAUUUAGUUUUUGACCGUCCAAUAUUGACCUUUCUUUCAGUUUUUCGUUUCCAAGCGAUUUAAUGAAAAAAGGUAUUAACAAAUUAUUAGAGGCCUACCGUUUUACCGACCCCUUUACCGCGCCCCCUCCUCUUUUCACUCCCGUCUCUCUCGAGUUUAACGCCUCAUUUCUGAUCGAUCCCCUUUUAGAGAUGACCUCUUGAGCAGCAAACUUGUAUAUCACCAGCAGUCCACUUUCGGCCCUGUCGACGAGCUGGAUGCCGAGACGUCCAGUGCCUACAACGAGAACCUGUUCGUGGCCUUGUACGACUUUCAUGCCGCAGGCGAAGAUCAGCUCUCCUUGAAACGAGGUGAUCACGUCCGAGUGCUGGCCUACAUCAAGACCAAAGAGUGGUGCGAGGCCCAGUUUGUGGGCGGAAAACACCGUAACCAGAUGGCUGGAGCACCGAUGGUCGGUUGGGUCCCCUCCCUCUACAUCAGUCCAAUUAAUACGUUGGACAAACAUAGCUGGUAUCAUGGGAAGGUAUCGCGGAAUGAGGCAGAGUUUCUGCUCAGCUCAGGGAUUAACGGGAGUUUCCUGGUCCGAGAAUCUGAGACUAGCCUUGGUCAGUACUCGAUCUCAGUCCGACAUGAAGGACGGGUCUACCAUUACCGCAUAAACGUCGAUUGUAACGAAAAAGUAGGUUUUACUUCCACAUAAAUUUAUAUAUUUUUUUCAUUUGCGGGCAUAACUCUUUACUUUCAGUUGUACAUAACUCAAGAUUCCAAGUUCAAGUCCUUGUCAGAACUUGUUCACCAUCAUAGCAACUCUUCUUCUGGCCUAAUAUGUAAGUUGUCAUAACAUUGAAGACAUCUUGCUUUAGGCAACUUAAUGUAUCCGGCUCCGAAGAAAAACAAAGGUCCGGCCAGCUUCUCGCUGUCGCCAACCGCGGCCGACCAAUGGGAAAUCGACCGGACAGAGAUUGUGAUGAGAAACAAACUGGGCGGUGGACAGUACGGCGAUGUGUACGAAGGGUACUGGAAGAAGUACGAUCGUACUGUAGCCGUAAAGACGCUGAAAGAAGACGCCAUGGCCUUAGGCGACUUUCUAGCCGAAGCCGCGAUUAUGAAGAAUCUACAACAUGAGAACCUGGUACAACUCUUGGGAGUCUGCACCAGUGAGGCACCAUUCUAUAUCAUAACAGAGUACAUGAACCGAGGCAAUCUUCUUGACUAUUUGAGGAAAAGUGACAGGAGUUUGUUGCCUCCCACUAUUUUGAUGAAGAUUGCCACUCAAAUUGCAGCUGGAAUGGCAUACCUGGAGUCGAGAAACUUCAUCCACCGGUAAGUAAACACUAUAUACACUUUAUAUUGUAUAUCUUGUAAAUCAAAGAUCAAUUCAUGCUUGAGUAGAGACAACAGCCUCUAAAGUAAUUCAUUUUCAGAGAUUUGGCAGCCAGAAAUUGUUUGGUUUCUGAUGAUUAUGUUGUUAAAGUAGCCGACUUUGGACUAGCCCGAUUCAUGCGUGAAGAUACCUACACGGCUCAUGCUGGAGCCAAGUUUCCGAUCAAAUGGACAGCUCCAGAAGGCUUGGCUUACAACACUUUCUCUACCAAAUCCGACGUCUGGGCCUUCGGAGUGUUACUGUGGGAGAUCGCCACCUACGGAAUGACACCGUACCCUGGAGUGGAGUUGAGCGAUGUUUACAGUUUGUUGGAAAAAGGUUUCAGAAUGGACAUUCCGGCAGGAUGUCCAGACUCUGUGUACCGUCUGAUGAUCCAGUGUUGGAACUGGAGUCCCUCUGAUCGACCGUGCUUCAAUGAUUUACACAAGUCUCUAGAAGUAUUAUUCAACUCCAAUACAUUUGAGAACGAAGUGGCUAGCCAGUUGGAGAAGACAAGAGCAUCAAAGACUAAUAGGUCUAAUUCAGCUAGUAAUCGACUGGCUUUCGCGGCUAGUCCAAGGUUAUCACUAGAUUCUGGAAAGUUCUCUCAUGAGCCUUCAGUUGGCGACAGACGGUAAGUGUUUCACUUCUGAUGCCAAAUUUAGGAAAUCAUUCCGUUUGACAGUGAUGUAUUACUAAAUCCUACUUUUUUAGGCUUAGCUCAUCCAUGACUACAACAACACACUCAACAUUCCAUCCGCCUGACCCUCCCCACCUCGAAUUCCCUCCACCUCCACCGCCCCGACCUCACCGUACAAUCUCAUCUUCUUCUACAGGUAACCCCAUGUCCACAUUCUGUCCACAAACCCACACUUCUCCUCGCAACUCCCCUCCUGAUGAACGUAAAAACAAGAAUAUGCCUCUGCCAGUACCUCCAGCUUCAGCCAAACCGAAGCUUCGGACGAUCCCUUCCAUGGAUUCUGAAGUUCCAGAACUUCCAUCACCGUUAGCUGAGAAGAACCUGAGGAAAACCGUAGGAAAGUUUGGCACAAUGCCAAAAGGACAGAGGAUCGAAGCAUUCCUUGAAUCCAUGAGAAAAGACCCUUCGGAAGAGAAUACGCUUGAGGACAGUGUCAUCACACACGAGACGUCGUCUGAUGACUCGCUCGAUGCUCUACCUCAGACUAGUGUCAGUGCCCCUAGUACUGCAAGGUAAGUUACACCAGCUUUUUUUUGUAAAAUUGAGGUUUUUUGUAAUAUACCUGACUCCUUAAUUAUUUCAAUUUCAACAUUAUUUUUACAAUAGUUCGAGCAAUUUAUAGUUAUUAUUCCGAUUUCUUCGCUCUAUAAGUCUAUUAGGCUAUAGUGAGUUUUCUUUUCAGAACUGAGAACGGUGAGCCUCAGAACGAGCUUCUGAAUCAGCUAAAACAACGUCUGAAGAAGACCGAACAGGAGCAAACAAAAGAGAAACGACCCGAACCGAAGCCGCGGAAAGUCGACGGAGGAUCUCAGACGGACGCCAAAACAACCGGAUGGAGGAAGAAAAGCAUCGGCAAGAACAAUACCGUGGUAACAGCAGCUCCGACGGCACGAAACUCAUCAACUCUGCCAUUAAAGAGUAAGAACUCAAUAGUGUUCAGAACUCCCUUUAUGGAAUCUAAUUGUACAAAAACAGGAUUCUCUUUCAGAAGUUCAAAAAGACCUAUUAUAAUUUUAUGCUUCAAAAUAUCUUUGUAACCCUUAAAAAACAAUAUUAGCUUGAGAAGAGAAAAACUGUCAUCUAAACUAUCAAUUUCAGAAACCGAAGAACCAAAAGACAAGAAAAACGACGACAAUGAGUUAAAAGCCCGCAUACGACAACUCAGACACGUUGACAAGAUCGAAGAAGUAUCUAAAACAUCUCCACGAAAGACUUCUUCGACUUCAGACGAAUUGAGUAAAAUAUUCAGAAACGCUAGUCCAACCAAAGAAGAAACAUCACCCACUAAAGAUGACAAAGUUAAUGUCGCUAAAGUCCGACAACUCGUAACACAAAAAGUGGCUCCACUACAGCACCACCGUCCCUUUUCAAUGCAGGUUGAAGCCGAGAAAUUCGGAUCUUCACCAUCCCUGUCCUCUCAAACCUCAGCUUCAUCCAAGGACCAACGAUCUCCCAGUGGAUCAUUGUCUUCUCAAGACGAACCAUCAAAACCCCCUAAAUCAGUAGGAUCUCAGAUAUUCGAACGACAACGUCAACGUGCCGAAAGCUCGUUGGCCUAUCAAAUGAUUCCGAAGCAAUUCUCCACGCUUCAACGAUCUCCCAAGAAGGAUUCUGAAGACAAACCAGUCAUUGAUCUCCGGAACAGAAAGUCGAGCAUAAUCCAGGAGGACGAGAGCAUGUCUCGUACUCAAUCUCUCAGAGAUCUCACUUCUAAAUUCGAGAAAUUCCAGCACAAACCAAAGGCUCCAGAGCCCAAAACUAAAAGAUUCAGUCUGCUCGAGCCUUCUAGCUCUAACAACAACAAUUUUAAUGAAACCCAGGAACUAUUGACACUGCCAGUAGUCGAUAAUGAGGUACCAUCAGUUAGCAAGGAGUCUAUUCAAGAGUUGUACGCUAAAGUCGAAGGUAGGAACGAGUUCAAAAUCGAUACGACACUUAUAAUAAUGUAAAAACCGAAAAUUAACACCUUAAUUCAGCUUCUAAAGCUACCGCUAUAUUAAAAAAACAUAUAAUAAAAUAACUUACAGACCAGCUGAGCAGCCUCAAACGCGGCUUGGACAAAGAUAUUAACCAUACUCGUCUGAUCCAGUUGAGCGAUGUAGUCCAACAACUACAUUCAACAUGUGCUAUUUACGCUGAAAACAUCUCUCCUCACUCCAAGUUCAGAUAUCGGUAAGUUGUUUAUCUAAUAAAAGAUUAAAUUUCGACAAGAAUUUGUUUUCGAUAAAUCUCUGACAUUUCGUUGCCCUAUCCUCUGUGACAUUUCGUCGACGGGAAACAAUAAUUGUCGAAAAUUUGACAAAAAUCUGUUUUCAGCGAACUCCUGAACCGAUUGGAUGUUUCCGUCCGCUUGCUUCGCCAAACUGCUAGUGGAAUAUCGGAAGACCAAGGUGCGAUCGGUGAAUUGGACCAGAACCUGCGUCAAAUGAUGCAGUUGGUCAAUAGAUAA